AUGAAGGCUGGCUUCCGGGGGUCAGGGCCUGCAGUUGGGCUGGGCAGCAGUCUUCCUGCGUUGGCUCUGGGCUCCAUGGCGCUGUGGUUGACCAUGGUCAUUGCUCUUACCUGCCUUGGUGGCCUUGCCUCCCCAGGCCCUGUGCCUCGCCUUACGAAACUCAAGGAACUCAUUGAGGAACUGGACAAUAUCACUCAGAACCAGAGGGCACCCCUCUGCAAUGGAAGCAUGGUGUGGAGCGUCAACCUGACAACUGACAUAUACUGUGCAGCCCUGGAAUCCCUCAUCAAUGUGUCGAGUUGCAGUGCCAUCCAGAGGACCCAGAGGAUACUGGGAGGACUCUGCAAGCAAAAGGACUUACCUGGGGUUCCCAGCUCCCACAUCCGAGACACCAAAAUUGAAGUGGCCCAGUUCAUAAAGGACCUGCUCAGACAUUUAAAGAAACGUUUCCGUGAUGCAAAUGUCAAAGCCUGA